GUAAAAAUGUCAAUGUCAGAAACCAUACAAAAAUAUUGAAAAUUCACCCAGCCCAAAACUUGAAGAAAAAGAUGGCUAACAGGAAGAUGACUGCCGAUAAGUUGAGAGGCCAUGUCCAGGAAACGUUCAAUAACAUCCGUUCCGCGCUGGACAUUCGCGAGAAAUUGUUAAUACGACAAAUUGAUGCCAUUCAUCAUCAAAAUCGGCACAGAAAGACGAAAUUGAUUGAUCAGAUGAAAUUUCUUCCCGAUAAUCAGGAAAAUGUGUUGGCUAACAUCCGUGUGUUGGGGAAAUUCAAUUUGGACAAUUUUCAAACCAGCGAACCAUUCAUUGUCGAAGACUACAUUUCACCAAACGAUGACCAUGACUUCAUGCACAAAGGAUUUAAUGGUAAUGUUGAAUCCAAUGUGGACAGUAUGGAUGUAUCAACCGUGCUAGACUUCUCCAACAACAAAGCGUUGAUCAACGAAAACGCAAACAAUAUCAACGACAGUAUCAUCAACAUCACACUGAAUGAAUCAAGGGAAUUGAUUGAAGAGUCCAGGGAAUUGAUUGAAAGGGCAAAGUUGUUUGAUCUGGAUGAAUUGUUGGCAGAACCGGAAAAGGUGUCAGUGGAUGAGGAACCGGUGACGAAAGUUAAACGAAACUCACAAAAGAUUAAGAUACACAAUUGCAGCGGAACAAUCAAUCUUAAAAACAUUUCAAAACUGACGAUUAAUACGAAUUGUCGUGGCACUGAUAAAAAGGACAAUUUAACAUUCACAACAUCGUCAUCGGGCACCAAUUCGUCAACCCCGACCGGGAAUGAUGCUAACUGUGCCACAUACAACUGUGAAUUCUAUAAUCGACUAAUUAACGAAAUCAAAAAUUGCAUCAGGCGUUCCGAUAACAGUGAUAUGCCGAGCAGCACCAGGGACAGUAGUUUAUUGAACAAGAAUAGCAGCAGUGCAUUUACACCCGAUUCGAAUAGUUUUGAUUCACAUUGUAAGAAAAUUCUGCUGAAAAAUAUAAAAAAUUUGAAAAUUCAAAUACCGGACGCGGACGGCAGUCACCAGUUAAGUGGAUAUUUGGAUGCAAAUACCAUCACACAUCCGGUGCAAAUUGAGGAAUGGCUGAAGCAGAUAAUUUCAGAAACAGAAAUCGAACCAAUGCAAAAUGUUGAGAUAUUAGAGCAUACCAUCAUAAAUACGCCGUCAACGCCAACGAGCCCAUAAGAUAAAUGGUUUCAGUAGACACUUUUACAGACGGCGACGGUACCAGUUAUCGACGAAAGUUAAGAGAAGGGCUCUGGUUAUUGUGGUCCUUCAAUAGCGAAAUGUAUAAACUGAAGUGAAACACUAAAAAAUAUUGGAUUAAAAGUAGUUCGACAAUCUUGGUGACAUGGUUGCCGUCUGUGACAGGUUGAAAAUAAUAUUUAAAUUUAAACACUCCAUCACUCUACCAAUGAAACUGAUAUACUAAUGUACUUAUGAAUUGAAAAAGAAAAACCAUAAUUUUAACGUCUUUGUAAGCACAUUGUUGCGCUUAUAUGUUUUUAUGUAUUGAUAAGCUUUCGACGUAACACUCAUUUUUCGCGUAGUGAUAUUCAUUCCAGUGAAUUAAGCAUCGAUUUAUUGUGUUGCUUCUGCGAUUUUACUUUUUAAACAUUAUACCUCUUAAGAACUAUUUUUUUUUGUGAAAAUAUAUUAAAUUGGUGCAGUGCAUGAACACAAAUAUAUUUAUUCAGUUCACCCGAAUCGAAGAGAAUUGUUUAGGCAUUUUUGAUUUGAUGUGAAUGACUCAAUAAAAUUUUAAUUGUAGUUG